UUCACCGUGCAACAUCUUCCGCCUGCGAUCUUUGUUUCUCGGCAUCGAGUUCGUCGCUUGUUUUGUUUCAAGUUUUUCGUGCUCUUGCUCGCGUCCGAAGAGCAACCAAAUAAGCAACAAUAAUCGAAUAGAAGUGAUCCUCCGGAUAAUUGAUUGUGUAGUGAGAACUGUUUUUUUUUUUUGUUGUUCUUCUGUUGCUCGUUCAGUUUACGUGCCUGGCAUUAAAGUGUAUCAGAAACAGUCCGUGCGGAGUUAGUUCUGGUGGACACAGCAACGUGCGGAUAGUGAUGCUUGCAUUUAUCUGUAUAGCGAAAAAAAUCAGUAGACCAUUGCAAUAACGGAUCUGCCGUAGAACGAGAAAUUGAAGCAAAUUGGAUUAGCUGUAUAAGAAAAAUAAAAGUAUUCCACCAGAUUUGGCGUCCUAAAAACAGAGGUCUUCGAGAGUACAUUAACUAACGGGUGGUUCGCGGAAAGGAAGAUAAUUGGGAAGGCCCCCGACAUCAAGUGACCAUCUCGAGAACAAUUAUUUUAGAUUCAUAUUGUUGUUUGUUCUCAUUACGCUUUGAAAAGAGCCUGGUUCUGGUAGGAUGCCAUACAAAGCGAAACAGUAUUGGAUAACCACCCUGAUGCUGGUGGCGGUCGUUGGUGUUAGCAUAACGGAAAGUGCAAACAUGAGAUCAACCAAAUCGAAUGGCAGCGAGGGCGGUGGUGGCAACGGCAAUGGAAGACAAAGACCAUCCAUAACCACAUACGAUCAACGGCAGACCGGCAAAUACAAUAUUCACGUCAACAUAAAAGAUGUGAAAAUCAUCUCAGUCGAUGGCGAUAAGUUCGAUGGUGAAUUUGGGGAUGAUACAAUUUAUGACUACGGAGAUUAUGAUUACGAUCCAUCGCAUCUGACUGUGAAUCCACUUCCGAUUUUUGGCGGAAGUACUAAACCUCCUAAAUCCACCACUAAAGCCCCAGUCUCAAUUACUUCAACCAAGCCAACGACAAGCAAAACGACGACUGAAUCUGCGACGGAAGAUCCUUCAAACAAACCAGCGACCGGAAGUGCUGAGGAUCUGUUCGUCAUGGAAGCUAUUCCGUCGAAGCCUAACAAUUCUUCUCACAUGAUGACCGCGACUGGAACAACUACCCCUCCAUCAAGCAACAUCUACAUAUUCAAACCUACACCGAACUAUCACCCAAAUCCAAUCCAUUACGACUAUCAGGAAAUUCCUGUAGAGGUUAUCGUAGAACCGGUUCUAAAACCGAAAUACCGCAACUCCAAUGCACGCAUAGUACCCAAUCGACGGAACCGAUACCGUAAGAAUUCUCCUGCCAGAAACCCUAUGGAUAGCAUGGCUCGCCAUAGCCACUCGGACAUCGAAGCUUUGCCGAGUUCUGCACAAAAUGAUUCAACUCAUUUGGAGGCUGCACCUUGCCCAAAAGGUGAAUACCACGAUCGAACGGGCAAGUGUCGUAUGCGGAAGUCCGGAAUUUCCAGGCUGAUUAAACUAUUGGCUUCCUUCAAGGAGAAAGAUGACUGAUGAGGAGGAGAGGACACAGGAGCUGACUGAUUCCACUACUGGUAGAAUUCGCUUAGUAACGUAUUAACACAAACAAUUUUCCCGUUAAUGUCGACGAGAUGCGUUUUAACAAAAUAAUAAAAAUAA